AUGAAGUCCAACAUUCUCGCAACAUUGCUUGCAUUUGUUCCCCUAUCAACUGCCAAUGGGGCGAAUCUGCACCUCCCCAAGCACAAAAUCGCCCAAAACAGAUUCACACACCCAGGAAUUCUUCACACGGCAUCAGAUAUUUCGCGCAUUGUCUCCAAGGUCUCCAGCCAGACCGAACCGUGGCUCACAGGCUGGUAUAAGUUGACAAAUAGUACAUACAUCAAUCUGGGCUACACCCCGUCUCCAAAGACCAUCGUCUACCGCGGCUCAGACGGCACGCAUUCGGAGAACUACCCUUCCCUGUAUAGAGAUAUCGCUGCAGGCUAUGCCAUGGCAAUCUACUGGCUGAUUACCGGAGACACAAGCUACGCCGAUAAAGUCGUCGAGAUCCUGGAUACUUGGUCCUCAACCUUGACCGGCAUCUCCGGCUCAACGGAUAUGUACCUGGCCGCAGGCAUAUACGGUUAUGAAUUUGCCAACGUUGCUGAACUCAUGCGCGGCUACUCCGCCUGGCCCGCUGCGAACCUGACCCAAUUCAUCGACAUGAUGGUCAAUGUCUUCUAUCCCCUCAAUCAUGACUUCAUCGUGAAUCAUCAUGGGGCCGCUAUCGACCAUUAUUGGGCUAAUUGGGAUCUGUGCAACAUAGCCUCCAUUCUCUCGAUCGGUAUACUGUCGGAUAACAAGACGAUGUAUGAGGAAGCGAUCACGUACUUUAUGAGUGGAGCCGGGAAUGGGCAGAUCGAAAAUGCGAUUUGGGAACUAUAUAAAGUCGAUGGACAGUCUCUGGGACAGGGUCAGGAAGCAGGGCGGGAUCAAGGGCAUUCAAUGCUGGAUCUUGCCCUACUUGGCCCCUUUGCCCAGGCAGCGUAUAACCAGGGAGAUGAUAUGUUUGCAUAUCUGGAUAAUCGUAUCUUGGCGGGGGCUGAAUACGUGGCCAAGUAUAACCUGGGAUACGAUGUGCCGUACACGACUUACAACAACAGCGACGUGACACAAACCGUUAUCAGUAAUAGCAGUCGAGGGGAAAUUCGACCUAUCUGGGAGCUUCUUUACAACCACUUUGGAGUUCUCAAGGGAUUGAAUGUGACUUACACAAAGAAGUAUCGUGACAUGGUUGUCAAGGAUGGCUCUGGUGCUGAGGGUGGCGGCGGCAAUUAUGGGAGUACAAGCGGGGGUUAUGAUCAAUUAGGCUAUGGAACUCUUCUUUACACCCUUGAUUGA